AUGACUGAUUUAAGUCAAUUGGAUCUUUAUGGUUUAUUGGGUGUUGAAGAAACAUGUUCAAUCAAAGAAUUAACAACUGCAUUUCGAAAAACAGCAUUAAGAUGUCAUCCAGAUAAAUAUCCUGAUGAUGAAGAAAAAAAAGAACAUUUUUUACUUAUUAAACGAGCUUUAGAAUUAUUAGCCGAUGAACAAGCUCGAAAAACAUAUGAUACAUGUCGAAAACAAAAAAAAGUUCAAGAAGAACGUUUAUCACAAAUGGAUGAAAAACGAAAAAAAUUUAAAGAAGAUCUUGAUCGUAAAGAACAAAAAGCAUCACAAGCAACAAAAUCAACAGUUAAUACAUAUAACACAGAUAAAUUACGUGCUGAAGUUGACCGUUUAAGGCGUGAAGGAAGUCGUUUGGUGGAUGAAGAACUUGAGAAUCUUCAUAAUAUUAUCGAACAAGAUAAACAAAAAAAAUUAUUAAAUCAUCGAAAUAUUAUUAUCAAAUAUCUUCCAAAUACUGAUCCAUAUACAGAUGAUGAAUUAAGACAAAUAUUCUCAAAAUAUGGAAAUAUUUCAACAAUUGUUAAUCUGUAUCCUAAAAAGGCGUUAAUUGAAUUUAAUGAUGAACAUAUAUCAAAAAUUAUUGAGAAUGAAAAAGGUUCCGGUGGACGACAUUUUGCUUCAGUUAAACUUCAAAAACAAACUAAUCCAACAGUUACUAAACAAGAUGAUCUUGUUGAUUUAACGAAACCUGACUUUGAAGAUUUUGAAGCAAUGAUGUUAAGAAAAAUGUCACAACACGCAACAACUUCAUGA